AAUAAGAGGAAAUGAAAUAUACAAGAUGAAAGGGCAGCUCAUGUAUAAAUCAGGAUACCAUCAUUUUUUAAAACACAACAUGGCAAAGCAAAUAAUGUCUUCUUCAAACUUCUUACUUUUCUCUCUAACUCUACUAAUCAUUACAGUACUCUUGCCCAUACCAAAUUUUGCUUCUGCUUCUUUGGAGGAAGCCAAUAAUCUUCUUAAAUGGAAAGCUAGCCUUGAAAUCACAAACAAAUCCUCGCUCUCUUCAUGGAUGCCCCUCCCUAUGAAUUCUAGUGCAUCAGUCCCAUGCACUUCUUGGUUUGGAGUAGUUUGCAAUGCUGAUGGGAGCAUUCAGAAGUUGAAUCUCACAUCUUCUGGGUUAAGAGGCACGCUUCAAGAAAUAUCAUUCUUUUUGCUACAAAAUCUUACACGUUUUGAUCUCAGGGUAAACAGCUUCUUUGGCCCUAUCCCACCACAAAUCCGACUCCUCUCCAAACUUAUCUAUCUUGAUUUUUCACAGAAUCAGUUUUCUGGUGAAAUCCCACCUGAAAUAGGAAGCAUGGUCUCACUUGAGUUCCUAUACUUAUACUCAAACAAUCUAUCUAGCUCAAUUCCUUCAUCAUUGGGUGCUUUGACAUCUUUAAAUGUCCUUUCUUUGUACCAAAAUCAGCUCUCUGGUUCCAUUCGUUCAUCAAUAGGAAAUAUGAGCAACCUAUAUCGUCUGAACCUAGCUCAUAAUAAGUUAUCUGGUCCAAUUCCUAUUGAUCUUGGGAAAUUGAAGUCUCUCACUAGGCUUCUGGUAAGCAACAAUACACUUAGUGGUUCUAUUCCUUCAUCAAUUGCAAACCUGAGCAACCUCCAUUUUCUGUUCCUCGAUAUGAAUAAAUUAUCUGGUCCGAUUCCUAUUGAACUUGGGAAUUUGAAGGCUCUCACUAAUUUUCAAGUGAGUGAAAAUGUACUUAGUGGUUCUAUUCCUUCCUCGCUAGAAAACCUUAGUGACCUACAGUGUAUGUUCCUACAAAAGAAUAAUUUUUCUGGUCUCAUUCCUUUUGAACUUGGGAAUUUGAAGUCUCUCACUGAACUUGCACUAAGCAACAAUCAACUUAGUGGUUCUAUUCCUUUGUCACUAGCAAACAUGAGCAAUCUACAAUCUUUGUACCUUGAUGGGAACAAUUUAUCGGGUCCCAUUCCAAUUGAACUUGGGAAUUUCAAGUCUCUCAAUGAUCUUGAUGUGAGCCAAAACAAACUUAGUGGUAGCAUACCACCAGAGUUUGCAAAUUCAACUCAACUACAAAGGCUUGAUCUUUCUUUUAAUAACUUGGUAGGCGAAAUCCCUAAAGAAUUUGGGAAGAUGAUAAGUAUGCUGAAUUUAUACUUGUCUAAUAACCAACUUUCAGGCACCAUACCUCUGGAGCUUGGAUCAUUCCGUGAACUCCUUGAACUGGAUCUAUCCACAAAUAGAUUGAAUGGGUCGAUACCGGUAAGUAUUGGUCAAUGGGCACAAAUCCAUUACCUGAAUCUUAGUAAUAACAAGCUCAGUGGAAAAAUUCCAUCCGACAUUAGUAAAUUAGUUCAUCUUACAGAAUUUGAUUUAUCUCGGAAUUUGCUCACAGAAGAGAUACCAUCUGAAGUUCAAAGUUUGCAAGAUUUGAAGAUAUUAGAUCUUUCCCACAAUAUGCUAUCCGGUUCCAUUCCUAAUGCUUUUACAAAUUUGCCUGGCGGAAUUGAUAUCGACCUGUCUUACAAUGAGCUCACAGGUGCAGUUCCUCAAAGCCCCAACUUUGUGAAUGCGUCCAUACAAGGCAAUCCAGGUUUGUGUGGAAAUGCUACAGGAUUGCAACUUUGUGCAAGUAAAAUUUUGAAGAAGAAAAACGAUCCAUUUCAUUAUAGGCUCAUGCUCAUAAUUCUGCUCCCCCUUAUGGGGGUAGUUUUACUUGGUUUAUUCACGUAUGGCCUCAUUGCUUAUCGACAACAAAAGAAAAAGUCUCCACAGAAACCAUUGGAAGAAGAAAGUAUUGAUUACUUUUCCAUUACAGGUUUUGAUGGAAAAAUAGUGUAUGCUGAUAUCUUGAAAGCAACAAAUGAUUUCGAUGAAGGAUAUUGUAUUGGGGUUGGAGGAUAUGGGGCCGUGUACAAAGCUGAGCUAAAGCCUAACAAUGUGGUAGCUGUCAAGAAACUUCACUCAUCAUCUGAGAAUGUUGAUAGUAAUGGAUUCCAUAAUGAGAUACGAGCAUUAACGAACAUAAGGCAUCGAAACAUAGUGAAACUUUAUGGAUAUUGCUCCCACGCUCGCCACUCAAUUUUGAUUUAUGAAUACCUUGAAAAUGGCAGCCUUGGAUCAAUCUUAAAAAGUGACGUGCUAGCAAAAGAAUUGGAUUGGUUAAAAAGGGUCAAUAUUAUAAAGGCUAUUACUAACGGUUUGGCUUAUAUGCAUCAUGACUGCUCACCUCCUAUAAUUCAUAGAGACAUUUCCAUUGCCAAUAUCCUUCUUGAUUCUGAUUAUGAGGCACAUAUUUCUGAUUUUGGGACAUCCAAGCUUUUAAAGCUAGACUCAUCCAAUUGGACUACAAUUGCUGGAACAUAUGGUUAUAUCGCGCCAGAGCUUGCUUAUACGAUGGUGGCAACAGAGAAAUGUGAUGUGUAUAGCUUUGGAGUUGUUGCACUAGAAGUGGUCAUGGGAAAGCAUCCUGGAGAACUCAUAACAUCUUUACCAACAUUAUCUGAUGAUCAUCUGGUGCAAGCAAAUCUGAGAGAUAGUCGGAUACCUCCUCCCUCACAAGUUGAGGAACAAGUUGCAUUGGUGCUUACACUCUCAAGAGCAUGUUUGAACUCCAAUCCAGUAGAAAGGCCAACCAUGCUCCAAGUUUCAAAUCUGUUGAUGAAGGCCUGAUACAGUGCACUUCUAAUGUUCUUUAUUUUUUGUAGUUUCCUAUGAUGCACCAUGAUAAUAUUUGUGCAAUUAAAUGCCUUAUUGUUAAAAAUACUAAUGAUAUGUUUUCUUAUAUCUUCA